AUGAGCACUACUUUUUUUAAUAUUCCUUGCUACAAAUUUAAACCAACAGUUGAAGAAAUAUUUACAGAGUGUCUAAAACCCAAAAUCUGUGGUAAAAAACUUCCGCCGGAGUAUCCAAUAACCGAAGUUAAUCUUUAUGCUUGUCAUCCCUAUGAGUUAUUCAAAGAUAUGGUCAUGAAAGAAGAUCGAGAGGAAGAAAGAAUUCGCUACGUUUUUACUGAACUCAAGAAAGUUAGCAGCAAGCUAAAUAAAGUCAGAAAUAACCAACGUCGAAUUGUCGGAGUUGGAACAUGGAAAGGAGAGCGUCCUGACGAGAUUAUAGAUGAGGAUGGAAAAGUUUUUGCUUAUGAUAGGUAUUUUAAGUUUGUACCAGAACCUAAAAAAGAAGAUAGUAACAGUAUAUUAAUGGUGGAGGGAGAGUGGAGGAUGCAUGAAUAUUCCUUCCAUCCAGACUUCUUGCAACAACUACAAGUAGAGAUCAGGGAGUUUGUUCUAUGCCGGAUAACUAUGAAAGUCAAGGGAAAUAGUAGAGCAAAAAACAAGCGUGGAUGUCGAGGACUGAUUUAUGUGCGCAAACCUCCUGCUUCUUCCAACGUCAUGAUGGAACCGCCCGCCGCUGCCGCUGCAGCUGUACAAGAGACGAUUGAGCAACCAACUUAUCAUCUUAGCUGCAAUGUUGCUGCUACUACUAGUACUACUAUGGAGGAAUUGGGUGAAAGUAUGGAGUUUGUCGAUAGUGGUAAAAGUUUGGACAUCAUCGUGGAUGAUACCAUGAAGGAGGGUGAUGGUAAUAAUGCUACUACUGAUCAUCGACGAAAAAAUAAUAUGGGUGAAGAUAUGGAGGUCCAUGAUAAUGUAAAUGAAACCGCAUCUUCUUCUGAUCUUAGCUGCUAUGCUGCUGCUGCUACUACUACUGUGGAGGAAGUGGGUGAAAGUAUGGAUAUCAUCGUGGAUGAUACCAUGGAGGGUGAUCAAAGAAAUUGCGAAACCGUGCCUGAAGACAACCUUCAUGAUAUUGACUUUGGCUUCCAAUAUAUAGAAUUCAAGAUUGUGGAUGAGUUCCUUAGAGAUGUAUAA